AUGGCUUGUAGGUUGUGUUUUAUUUGUGCGGCUGUUUUGAUACGGUACGCGAAUGCCCAGCCCAUUCAGUUAUCUGUGAAAGAGAACCAGCCGAGUGGAACCUCGGUAGGGUUUGUCACGCGUGGAGCCGGCUUCCUGGACAUACUUGAUCUGUCACAGAAGACCGACCUCAGGUACAAAAUCUUAACCCAGGGAAAUCCGUGGAAGGAAUUUUUCACAGUAAACCAGGGAACUGGAGAAAUUAGCACCGCUGCUGUGCUGGACCGUGAAGCUUUGUGUCCGGAUCAACAAGCAAUAUGUCAAGCGGAUAUAGAUGUCGCUGCUCACUCGGAAACCUUCCUUCGCCUUUUCCGAGUUGAGUUGACUGUUGUAGACAUCAAUGACAAUGCCCCGGAAUUUUCUGAAUCGGAAGUGACUGUUAGCAUACCGGAAUCAGCGCCUAUCGGUUUUAAUGUACCCAUCAGAGGAGCCACUGACAAAGACACCGGUAAGUCCCACGGUGUCCAGAAAUACGAGAUUUUCCCAGCGGACGGUCAAUUCACUGUCAGUGUAAUCGAAAACUUGGACGGCUCGCCUGAAGUGGGAAUUGUGGUUGGCCAGAAGCUGGACAGAGAGCUCAUGUCAUCUCACUCGGUGGAAAUUCUGGCUAAAGAUGGCGGUGUUCCUCCGAGGACAGGAACCGUUAAGGUGACAAUUCUGGUGACAGACGCCAACGACCAUUCUCCCACGUUUAGUCGAUCUGUGUACAACAUCAGUGUUCUGGAAAACCUCCCCGUGAACACCAGUAUCAUCCAGGUGAAAGCCACAGACAGAGACACCGGAGUAAACGGCAAAAUCAGUUACCGAUUCAGCCCAAGAACAGUCUCCAAAUUUCCGAACUUCUUUGUCACUGAUGCUGCCUCGGGAAAAAUUCUACUGAAAGAUACGUUAGAUUUCGAAGCUAGGAGAGAAUACCGUUUGGUCGUGGAAGCCACUGAUGAAGGGAACCCGCGGCAGACUUCGCAGGCGUUGGUAAUCGUUAACGUCCAGGAUGUGAACGACAACGUCCCCGUUGUCAGCUUUAACUUUCUGUCCGACAGAAACGAAGCAGAAGUAUCCGAAAGCAGCCAAGUGGACGACUUUGUUGCCCAUAUUUCGGUGUCUGAUCGUGAUCAGGGUCUGAACUCCGACGUCGACUGCCGGACAACGUCAGAUGCUUUCAAAAUUGAGUGGCUGUACGACAAUGAGUUCCAGGUGAUGUUGAACACCACACUGGAUCGAGAACUGAUAUCAGAGAUUAAUGUUACGGUGAAGUGUACUGACAAAGGUAAUCUCCCUCUGAGCGACACUAGAACAUUCAAGGUGAUAGUUCUGGAUGAAAAUGACAAUAGCCCCUAUUUUGUCGAGCCUGAAUAUACGGUUACAAUUCGAGAAGAUCUACCCAUAGGGGAGGAAGUUAUAACCCUGUUAGCUUCAGACGCGGACCCCACAGAGAACGGCAAGGUCAGGUACUUCUUGAUCGGAGAAAACAAGGACUUCUUUUCUGUUAACCCAGACUCCGGUAGGAUAGAAGUGUCGCAGGCUCUGGAUUACGAAUCGAAGAGGCAGAUGACGGUGAUGGUUGAAGCACGAGACGGAGGUAACCCUUAUCGUAAUUCAUCCGCAGUCAUCGAAGUGACGAUUUUGGAUGUUAAUGACGAGGCACCGGAGUUCAACCAAACAACGUACGAGUUUUAUUUGAAAGAAAACAGUACAAAGGGCGCUUAUGUGGGACAGGUAGCCGCUUCCGAUCCAGAUAAAAACUAUGGUGGGCUCGUGACUUACUCUUUGAGAGAGGAACGCUCUGUUAUUCCUGCCUUCUCAAUUUCCGCCAAUGGCGUUAUCACGACCUUGCGGCCAUUAGACAGGGAGACAACUUCUGACGUCACGAUAACCGCCAUAGCCGCUGACAUCAAUAGAUCUUCGCAAAUCUCCUCGGCUGAAGUGACGAUUCGACUCCUUGAUAUCAAUGACAAUAGACCCGUUAUAAUGUUCCCAAACGACAUCAACAAUACAGUAGUUUUAUCUACAGAUCUUCAAUACAGCACUGUACCAAUAGCCACAGUCCUGGCACAGGACGCCGACUUCGGAGAAAACAAAGCUCUUGUGUAUGAAAUGGAGAACGAAGAUCUUCGCCAUACUUUCCGUGUAGAUUCAGAGAACGGAAGCAUCUGGCUCGUGAAUAAGGGAGAGAACUUUGAAGGACGAACAUACACCAUUGACAUCCUGGUCAGAGACCGUGGAAACCCACCACUGGAAGAUGUCACCCGUUUGUUUGUCGUCUUCCCUCUUGGCAGUUCGUCUGAAAUCUCAGACAUUGCCUCUAAUGUGACAACAGUUAUCAUCGUAAUCUGCAUCACCACACUUUUGUCGAUUCUGAUACUGAUUGGGAUAUGCAUCGUCAGGAGAUCCACUCCCAAACCGCCUCGGCAAGGAGCGAUAACUACUGACUCUUUUGGGUACAACGUAAAAGUGGAAGCUUCGCAGAAUGUCGAUGUGGCCAACAAAUCUGUGAAUGAGAACAUUGAGAACAAGGCCAAUCUGAUACUUGCUGAUGAUACUCUGCUACAAAAAUCUGAGACUUGCUCUCCCCUGAGACUGACAUCCGACAGCCCCAUCGAUGUCUUCACGCUCUCGCAACACGGACACACGGGAGUCUGGCUCAACUACUCAAGGAAGAAUGAGCAUCUCAUCCCACGGACGUCCAGCACGAACAGUCGCUUCACAGCGAAGAGUUUUAGUCAGAUGUCCCUGGAGACGAUGGCCAGUGACAGUGGGCGGGGAGUGAGUGAGGCGGACAGCCAGGAAAACAUCAACAGCCACCAAGAUCACACCAUCCAAGAAUCAACAAACACCAGCAAAACAGAAUGUCCAGAAGGAGACUACAUGGAUAUGCAGAGGUCUUGUUUAUCCUCAAUUUCUACUUUACCAGAAAACGGACGGAUGUACAGCAACUUUCACAAUCACCGUCAAACUUCAUCGCACGCUUCUUGUCACACUUCCGUUCACAACCCCUCGUCUGCUAGGCAGUCGAUAUUCAAAGGGAGUAACGUCGACCCACCAUUCCAUAUUCCCAUGAAGAACAACGCCACAAUAGACAAUUACCGAAAAGGGCAUCUAGCUAAACAUUCUAAACACACCGUAGGCGAUGGGACAGAGUAUGUCAGACAGUCAAGUCAUUCAGACAGUGAUGAUGGUGCAACAACAACAUCUGGCAGUUAUACUGUCGACUUUGUAGAAUGUGCUGAGUUUGAUGUUUAG